ACUGCCUGUUAAAAGGCAGAAACCUAGGACAGAUCCUCCGGCUCUAGGUGGGUGGUCGUCUGUCUCGACCAGUUGGGGUGAGAGAGAGAGAGAGAGAGGCAGAGAGAGAGAGAGCGAGAGACAGACAGACAGACAGACAGACAGACAGGUGCACAGCAACAACAGUAUUGGCAAUGGCAGUCAAGCAGGACCAUGGCAGGAGGCUCCACCAGGAUCCAUGAGAACCUGCGAGACGAGAAAGCACAAGAACUCCGGGGAAGAAGUGAAGAGUUUGGGCGGGGCUCCGGGGCCGACUGCAGACGCCACGUUCAGAAACUGAACGCCAUGAGAGGAGUGGUGAUGGAGGAGCAGGAGCACAACACCUGGUCACUAUGGAAGCAGACGGAGGCAGACGGAGAGGAUGAACCUGAGGUAGAGAGAGACCCACAAGUACACACACAGAUGACUCACACUCAGGUGAGCUGCUGGAGCAAAUACCUGGACACACCUGAGGAGGUGGACCCAGAGGAGGAGGAGAAUGUUUUGAUGGAGAGGCAGAAGCUCCAUGGCAACAACAUGAUUGACAGGAAGAGGAGAAAAAGAAGAACAGACAGCUGGAUACCUGAAAUGCCCAACUGGUCCAGUCUGAACCACAUCAAUCCUCCCAGUAAGAGGGACUCCAGUCCUCCCAGUCUGAACCACCUCAAUCCUCCCAGUAAGAGGGACUCCAGUCCUCCCAGUCUGAACCACAUCAAUCCUCCCAGUAAGAGGGACUCCAGUCCUCCCAGUCUGAACCACAUCAAUCCUCCAAGGAAGAGGGACUCGAGUCCUCCCUGUCUGAACCACAUCAAUCCUCCCAGUAAGAGGGACUCCAGUCCUCCCAGUAAGAGGGACUACAGUCCUCCCAGUCAGAGGGACUCCAGUCCUCCCAGUCAGAGGGGCGUGGGUACUGAUGCAGUCAGCAGGUGGGCUCAGUUCCUGAGUUCUGACUGUCAAGUGAGUGAGGAGGAGGAGGAGCCAGCAGCCAGUGGGCGGAGUCAGUCAGUGGGCCGGGCUGCAUCUCUUUCCUGUAAUGUCAUCAUCACCCCACCCUCCUCCAGGCCCCGCCCCCUGCUUCCUGUUUCCUCCAUGUUUCAGAGCGGAGACGAGUUCAACUUCGACGACGACUUCCUGAAUGACUGAUUAUCAACCAGUCGACCGAUAUUAAUCCUUUCGCUGUCUGUGGAUCAGCUGAUUUAUAGAUUGAUCCAUUCAAGUAUUGAUUUUUUGUUCACGCUGUACAUAUUCAUACUACAGUUUGGUGUGUUAGGACUGUAUUGAUAAGUAUUGAUCAGAAUAAAGUGACAGGUUCAGUU